AUGUCCUACCGACGCCCCCAUGAGAGCAAGCAGGAACAGAGGCGCAUUCUGGGGUACAACAUGGCAAGACGAGUGGGGGGCGACGCCUCCCCAAACAAGAACGCAUCAUUCAACCUUGUGGCCGGCUUUUACCACUACCUGCGUGAUGAGCAAGAGGCUGUGCAGAAACGGACGUUCACCAAAUGGAUCAAUUCCCACUUGGCAAAGAGUGUCCCACCUCUGGUCGUGAGUGAUCUGUUUGAGGAUAUCAAGGAUGGUGUCAAGCUGAUUGCCCUGCUGGAAGUCCUCUCUGGACAAAAACUGCAACGUGAGCAGGGCAAGAAGCUAAAGAGGAUCCACUGGCUUGCAAACAUUGGUACUGCUCUCAACUUCCUUGAGGGAAGGAAGUCUGCCUACAGGGGAUCACCGAUCAAGCUAGUGAACAUCAACUCCACAGAUAUUGUUGAUGGUCGACCGUCAAUUGUUUUGGGCCUGGUGUGGACCAUCAUCCUAUAUUUCCAGAUCGAGGAGCUAACCAGCAGUCUACAAGCAACCCACGCCUCACCCCGCAGCUCCUCGUCACUGGACAGCUCUGCCAGCAGCAAUGAGACCACCAGCUCGCCCCUUAAGAAGAAGCCUCUGCUACCCCUGCAGGGGGGUGCCAGGAAGGCCCUGCUCGGAUGGGUCCAGCAGACAGCAACAAAACAUCUGGAAAUCAAGGUGAUAGACUUUGGUCCUAGCUGGCGUACAGGUUUAGCCUUCUUUGCCAUCCUCAACGCCUUCCGGCCCAAUCUGGUGGACAUGGAGCAAGUAAAGAGGAGACCCAACCGAGAAAAUCUGCAGGAAGCUUUUUUGUUAGCUGAGACACAGUUAGGCAUAGCGCAGCUCCUCGAUCCUGAGGACGUAGACGUGGACAAGCCGGACGAGAAAUCCAUCAUGACAUACGUGGCCCAGUUCCUGAAGCAUCAUCCUGAGCGAGAGCAGAGCACCUCUGAUGGACAAGCAGCAGCAGCUAAAGAAGGAGAAGAAGAGGAGGAGGCGUCUGUCACACAGCAUGGUCUCGCUCCUCGCGAUAUAGAGGAAAUGUUGGAGAGAGAGCAGAGAAAGAGCCUGAGGGAGUUCAAAAUGUGGCUGGACCAGCUGGAGACUGACGCACUACACGCCCAGGAGACCAAUAGCAAUAUCUCUCAACAGUACCAGUUGUUCAAGAGUCUGCGUGUCCAGCUGGAAAUGAAGAGAAAUCAGGUGGAGGAUUCCUUAAAGUCCACACAGAAGGACGGGAUGCUGACAGUGGAUCAGGCUCUGGUUAAGCAGGCUUGGGAAAGGCUCUCAAACAAGCUGCUGGAUUGGCACCUGCUGCUGGACACAUCCCUGCCUGCUCCUCUGGAUGCGCUGGGGGCCUGGUUGCACCACACUGAGAGAACUCUGCGACAAGAGCUCACCACCCAAAAAACUAAUGAUGAGGAAGACAUCCACAGAGCUUUGGAACAACACAAGGACGUCUUGAAGAGCCUUGAAGAUCAUCAGCUGGUCUUUCAGAGGAUCCAUAAGGACAGAAGUAUUGACGGUGUCCCGAUUCCCCCGGAACAGCUCCAAGACAUGGCUGAGAGGCUCAAUUUUAUGGCCACAUCUUGUUGCGUCCAUUUGGCCAAGAUGGAAUUCUUGGAAACCAAACACCGCAUGCAGGCUUUUCUCACCGAGGCAGAGUCUAAGCUCAAGUCCUGGAUCAUCAAGUAUGGCACACAAGAAUCUGUGGAACUGAUGCUACGUGAUUACAUUGUUUUUGUGGAGAAGCAAUAUUUCUUUGAAAAUUACAAGACUUUGUUCGAGUCCCUGAAAUGUGCUGCUGAGGUUUACACUAGCGCUGACAGUUCAGCCAACGAGGGAGAGAUGGAGGUGUCUCAGUUCGUGCGGGACGUGGCAGCCCUGUGGAGGAGCCUAUCCAUGGAAGUGCGCAGUGUGAGGAGCAUGCUGGAGGAGGUGCUUUCCAACUGGGACAGGUACACCUCCACGGUAGCCUCUUUCCAAGCCUGGUUGGAGGAUGCAGAGGAAGCCGUGACCCAGCCAGAAAACACAAAGCAGGAGUUUUUCAAGAAUCUGAGCUACUGGAUGGAUCAGCAUGCCGCCAUGAACGAUGCUGGGAAUUUUCUAAUUGAAACAUGCGACGAGACCAUGUCAUUCGAUCUAAAGCAGCAGCUGCUUCUCUUGAAUGGGCGAUGGAGAGAACUCUUCUUUAAGGUCAAACAGCUCUCCCGAGCUGAUGAGUUGGUAAAGUGGAGAAAAGACCAUCUAGGGGCAAUGUCGUCUUUAAAAGAGCUUUUGGACGCAGCAGAGGCAAAGCUCAGUGCUCCUGUCCAUGUGUCUUUCCUCAGUGUUCGAGCCUUUCUGCAGGAUGUGGAGAAUACCAAGCAAAAGGUUGUUGCCAUGGAGACUCAAUACAAGCUGGCCGGCCGUAGCGCUCAGCUGCUUGCAAAGGAUGCGCCGCACGACGAGGCCACCCGGGUCAUUGCAGCCAUGACAACAGCUAAGAGUCAGCUGAGUCGAGUUAGAGAGCAAUGUCCCAUCUUUUUGAGGGAAUGUCAUGCUCUUCUGCCAUUGUUGGAGGAGAUGGACAAACACAUCACUGCCUUUUAUCAAGCACUGGAGCAGGCCAGUCAGAUUACUGCCACAGCCAGAGAUGCAGACACACAGAGCCCAACCAUGCACAGACACAAGUGGCAGGAUUUGUUACAGCAGCAGCAGAGCUGUAAGCGAAGAGUGUCGGUAAUCGAGAGGAACCACCACACGGUGCACAGGGCGCUCUCCAACAGCAAGGUGCUUCGGCACUUCGACACAUGCCUGCUGCAGAAGACAGUUGCUGAUGUACAAGGCUCAGCACAGGCUCUGCUGAAAGAGGUUGGUGAAUGGAGAAGGCAGCAAGAGGCCAACAGCUCCCUGAGGAGGAGGUUUGAGGAAUCCCGACAAGAUCUGGAGAGAGUGCUACAGACAGCCCAGGAGUGUUUGGGAGAGAGCGGAGACGCCGAGGAACUACUGAAGACGCAUACAGAUUUUUUCAGCCAACUGGAUCAGCGCGUGCUGAGCGUCUUCUUGAAGGCAUGUGACGAGUUGACCGACAUCCUACCAGAAGAAGAGCAACAGGGGCUACAAGAGACAGUCCGCAGGCUGCACAAGUACUGGAAGGACAUUCAGGGUGAAGUACCAUCCCACCUGCUCCGUCUGAAGGUAGAGGUGGAGCAGAGUCGAGUAGAGGCCGUCCUGCAAGACUGCAGAGCAGAGCUUCACCGAGAAAUCCAAGCCCUUUCGUACAUCUCAACCAGUGAGCAUGUGGUCAAAGAGCAUAGGGUGAGCCUCGUUAGAUUCAUAAUAAAAUCACUGGGUGUCGUCAUCAUCAUCACAUCCCUCUCUUUCUCUUUUCCUCAGGCGUUCUUCAGGGAACGCACACCUCUGACUUUGUGCGAGAAGAGGAUUAGGAACAUGGAGGAUCUGUGUCAUAAAUUGCCUGACAACGAUGUGGCUUACAGAAGGCUAGAUUCUACCAAGAAGGCUGUAGAGGAGGUUACAGAGCAGGUCAGGAGCACCAGCCUGCAGCUGGAACAGCAUCCUGAUAAGUGGAAAGAAUGGAAUGAUAGGUUUUGUGAGCUCUCAGACUGGCUCUCUUCUCAGAGCAGGCUCUUUAAUGAGACUGCAAUAACUUCCACAAGUCAGGAGCAAGUUGAAGCUGCCAUGCAGGCAGUGCAAGCUGCAGGACAUGCCCGAGAAGAGAACCUAAUGUGGCUUAAGAGCCGUCUUUGUAGCUUAACUGACGUAAGUUCUGAACUGGAGAUACAGAGACAGCAAACAGCCCUGACCAAACUUUCAGCUGAUUUUAGGGACCUUUUUUCAUCACUGUGUCAGGGUGGUGGAGAGGGCUCAAGUGUGUUCCAGUUUGAGGAGCUUAGGGAGGAUGUGCGUGGCGCUUUGAAGGAGGUCCUGAAAGCCGGAAAGGAAGCCGGAGAGCAGAUCAGCAGGAUUCUGGAUGCUGAGGACUUGAAGGAAGCCCAGGACCUAUUCCUUAUUCACCAGCAACGCCUAAAACAACUACAAGCUCUCAGGAAGGAGGCAGAGCUUCUUGUGUCCCACUCACACCAGCUGCAGACUGGAGAGGCUUUGAGUCACUCUGUGCAGGAGUUAGAAGAACGUGUCAAAGAAGUUGACUGCCAGUUCAGCGCAAAGGAGCACAACCUGCAGGCCACUAUGGACUCCUGGCAGAGCUUUGAAACCGAGCGAGAAACAGUUUGGAGUUUUAUAAGGGAGACAAACACUGAGCUGCGAAAAGAGCUUAUAUUCAACAGCCUGGACAGCCUGAGAAGAGAAAUGGAGCUCAACAAGGACCUUUUACUAAAGGUGGAGGACUGCAGUGUCCGAGCAGACGUCCUCCUGGAGGAUGCAGUAGACCUUCAGCUUGGUCCGAAGAAUCAAAGUCUGGUACUGCAGCAGGCCCAGUUUGCCAGAGAAGCCGUCAAGGAUCUUCAAGACCACCUCAGCAAAAAUGUUGUACAUCUGGAAAGGAUCUGCUCAUUGUGGGAGCGCUUCAAUGUUGACCUAAAGUUGUUCUGUUCACGGAUCAAUGAAAAUCAGAGAGCGCUGGAGGCCAUCAAGAUCACCUCACCCUCAGAUCAUUUGGAGCAACACAUCUGCACAGUAGAAACAGUGGCAGAAGAUCUAGAGGAGAGGAAGGCUGUCCUGGUCCACAUGGAGGAGGACUGCAAAGCCCUGUCCAGGUUUGUGACCCCUGGAGAGGGCGAGAGUAUCCGUGCAGGCCUCACCCAGAUGAGGCACUCCUUGGAGGAGCUGAUGGAAAACACAGAGCAUUUGGCAGGGCAGCUUAAUCAGAGCUCCUCCCACAGGCAGAGAUGCAACGAUAACCUCGAGCAGGUCAAGAAAACAAUGAAGUAUCUUAAAGAGAAACUUGACUCUCCAGCUUCAUUUUGCUCUGCAUCGUCUGAGGCGCAUAAGAUCUUGCAGAGUCAUAUGGAGGUGCCCCAGGCUGUGGAGCAGCUAAAGCCCAGACUGAUGGUUUUGCGCUCGGCUGUGAGGCGGCUUGGUGAGGGUACCACACUGGAGCAAGAGGUCGUUGACCUUCAGACGCUGCAAGGAGAGUUGAUAGAAAAGGCCACAGAGAAACAAUCUACAUUAGAGAGCCUUCUUGCACUGUGGCAAAGAUUUGAAAAGGAGAAUUCCUUCAUGAAAAGCUGGCUAGACCACAGCGAGCCUCUUUGCUCUCCCGCCAAUAAAUUGCCUUCUGCAGACAAGCUGAAGAUAAGUAUGGAGCUCCAGCAUGUGCAGAAAAUGCAGAAUGAGACCCUCUCUAAUGACGCUCUCCUUCAGGGUAUGGUCAACCUUGCGUUUUGUCUCUAUCCUUCUGCCCCUGAAGCUGGAGUGCAAGAGCUCAGUGAUGAUCUCACACAGCUGCAGCAGCGAUACACUUCACUAAAGGACAACAUAACACACAGGUGCAAGCUGCUGAAGUCUCAGUUGUCCCAGCUUGAGCUUUUUGAUGGGGCGCUUCUGACAUUGAGCCAAAAAAGUGCAAACUUUCUGUCGAACUUGAGAAGCUCUUUUCAAGUGGAUGUUACCGAUCUCAAUUGGGCGUUCACAAAACUCACGGAGCAUGAGUCUGAGUUCAAGGCUCAUGCGUCACUUAGAGAGGCGCUCCAGGAAAGAGAAUCCGCCCUGCUUCAGUGCUUCACUCCAGAGGCCCAGCAGCAGCUCCAGGCUCGGCAAGAGGAUUGCCUCCAACCUCUCAGUGAAGCUGAAUGUCUUCUUCUCCUACGCAAAAAGGGCCUGAAUGAAUUACAGUGCUUCUUAGAGAAGCACAAAGCGGCAGGUCAGGCUGUUGGCCGGCUUCAUGAGGCCCUGCAAAGAAAGGAAAGCUGGCAUUCACCCAAAACUGAAGAGCUCCAUCGCUUUAUAGUGGAAGUUGCAAAAGAUGUGGCCCAGUUUGAGGGUGAGGCAGUGGAGUUAGAUGGGCUGCUGAACAAGGCCCACCUUUACUUGUGUGCCUCAGAGGGGCAUAAGUCCGAGGGAAGAACCUCUUGCAGGGAGCUGGCAAUGGCUCUCAUCACAUCCCUAGAGGAAGCGCAGAGGGCUUUAGAAUGGAGGCAGGGUGAAGCAGAUGCUCUCCGAGAAAUGUGGAGCUCCUUCAGGGAGAAGAAGGUGGAGGUGAUGAAUAAUUUGAAGAAACUAGCAGAUGAAACAGGGCAAGAGGUGAUCAGUGAGAUCUCAGUGCAAGCCUUUCAAAACAGGCUGCGCUCCUUGGCCCAGCUGGAGAAUGAGCUCCAGUCCUUACAACAGUCCCAGCAGUGGUUAGAAGAGAAGGGAAGCCAGUUGGCCCAGAGAGACACUGAGCUGGCAGGGGAGGCUCUGGGUGAGGUUAAACUCGUGAAGGCGGCCUGGGACACUGUCAGGAUUCUCAUUACCAGCAGUCAAAAACAAAGUACAGCAAUACUAGAUCUUCUUCGCCAUCAUCAUAAGCUGAGGUCCAUGCUCUGCGCCACUGUAGAGAAGACCCAGUCACUAUCUCACAACCUGCCAAACCACAACCACAGUGCUCAGGAGGCCAGGACGUCCUUCACACGGCAUGAGAAGCUGCAAGAUGAGCUGAGAGAAAAACAGACGGACAUGGAUCAGCUCAUCAGCACAGUGGAGGAUCUGCAGAGAGAAGUGGACCGCAUUCCCAACUGUGGCAUGCACAUCAUUCAGAGGGAGAUGGAGACAUUAAGGGCACAGUGGUUGGAGGCAACGGAGAGAAUUCAAACUAAUAUGGAAAGAUUGGGCUACUGUAUGACACUUUGGGAUGACCUAAAGGUCAUGGAGCAGGACAUCUCCCAAUGGACCGUCACCUCCAUCGCUGAACUCAGUGUCACCAAUCUGAACGACAAGGAGGCAGAAAACCGCCUCAUCACCUUUCAGGCAGAUAUGGAAAAAAGGGAGCACUCGCUGGAUGCUGUGCAGGAGAAAGUAGAAGACCUUAAAGAACGAGCUAAAUUAGAGGAAACUCCCCUACAAAUGCAGCUCCUGGAGUCUGACCUAAGGAAAAAGUUGGUCCAUGUGCAGGAGAUGUACAACCAAGCCAAACACAGCCUGACCUACUUCACUUUCCAGAAGCAGCGACUUGAGGACCUCAUGUCCCUGAUGCUUGAGCGCCUUGACAAAAUUGAGUGCUCCUUGUCAGGUCUCUCUGAAACCACCUCCUCAGAAGACAUUGAUGACAUUAAAGGUUUGCAAGGAGCUGUGCAGCAACAGAGAGCAGACAUGGACUCCGCCAGAGAGGCUCUGAGCACCCUGUGCAGGUCUCAUCCCUCUCAGGAGCUCUCUUGCCUCUCUGCCAACUUCACUGCCAUAUUCAAGCGAACCGAGGUGGUUGCCCAGCGUUGUGCCAAGGCCAGAGGCAGCCUGCAGGAUGUGCUGCAGCUCCACGUCAACCAGCUUUUCCAAGAAUUUCACUCCUGGCUCUCUGGAUCGAAGUUGGAGUUGAAAGAAUGUUCAAAUCAGUCUGGAGACAUUGCCAACCUCGCAGCAAAGUUGCAAAGACUGAAGUUGCUAACAGAGCGGGUGUCAGAAGGUGAGGAGCGUCUCUCUCAGGUUUGUGAGAAGGUUGAGAGGCUCCUCCUCCACCUGCCAGAAGCUGCAGAAAUACAGCUCCGAGAGCAUCUUUCCUCCUGCCGCAGAGAGUGGAGAAACUUUCUGGAUGACUACUCUCAGAGCCAAAAAGACCUGGAAAAGAAUAUUCUUAUCUUAAAAAGGUUUGAUGACACUGUCGAAAGUGUCAAAGAAUGGCUUAAGCAGAUGGAGCUCAGCCUCAACAGGGAGUCUUUUAUUGGGGAAGAUGGCCAAGGUGCUCCUGAUAGCAGAAAAGAACUGGAUAAAGUGGAAAACUUCCAUAAGGAGCUUUUGACAAGACGGGACUCAAUCCACCGUGUCAUCCGAGAGGCCCAGUCCUUGUCUGAAGCAGGACCCGGUUCCGGUGAAGAGGUCCGAAUGGCAGUGCGGCUUCAGAUGGAGCACCAGGCUCUGCUCAAAGCCGCCAGUGAGAGGCUGCGAGCCUGUCAAGAGAACCAGGCCUUUGGGGAGACCCUCCAAGCAGUGUGGGCCUGGUUAGAGGACAUCCAGGAGAAGCUGGGUACAGUUGAUAGCACCAUGGGAACCAAAGAGCAGUUGCAGCAGAGGCUAGAGACUGUACAGGAUAUCCUGCUUUUGAAGGGGGAGGGGGAGGUCAAACUGAAUAUGGCGAUAGGUAAGGGCGAGAUGGCCCUACGCAGCUCUGGGGCCGCUAGACAGGAAGUAGUGCGCUCUCAGCUCCAGGAGGUGGAGGAUGCUUGGGCCACGCUGCUUGUGACUGCCAUGAGCUGCCACAGUCGUCUGGAGUGGACUGUCUCACAAUGGAGUGGGUACUUGGAAAAUGCGUCCCAGCUACGUAGCUGGAUGGAGGCUGUUGAGCGGGAGGUGUGUGCUUCCCUCACCCCUCAGCCGGGACCCAGAGAGAAGGCCUUGCAGCUGGAGAAGCUCCGAUCCUUGCUGGCCGACCUGGAGGAGCACCAGAUGGCUUUGUCCAGUCUGGAGGAAAAAGCCAGAGAACUCUUUAAGAAGACAGGGGACGCCAGUUUUAACCAUGGCGCUCGAACACAGCUGCAGGUGCACUUUGAUGAGCUGACAGCUUUGGUGGAGCAGGAGCGAGUUCGUCGAGCACAGAGCGUGGUGCUGGAACACCAGGAAUACUUGGAGGCUGUCCGGGAGCUUACUGAUUGGCUGAUGACGGCAGGAGAGGAGCUUCAGCAUUGGUCAGAUACAUCUGGAGACUCCACCUCCAUCAGGAAGAAACUACUUGAAGUAAGGGAGCGUGUGGAGUGUGAACUCCUGGAGGGUCGGGAGCGUCUUAGCCGCGUGCGUAGGACAGCGGCGUCCGUGGCUGAGCACACGGCCGCAGGAGGUUGCGAGGCCAUGGACCGACAGCUGGGGGCGCUGGCACAGGCGCUAGAGCAAUGGGAAGGCGCUGCUCUGAGGUCCCGGGACGGCCUAGAGGGAGCUCUCGCCUCUGCUUCUGCCUCUGAAGAGGAAUACGAGUGUCUGACCUCUCAGCUGGAUGAGGAUUUGAAAGCACUUGAUGAACGACUGAGGGGAUGGAGCCAGGAGCUGAUAAGAGCUGAGGGUUGGUGCAAUGGCGAGGAAGCAGUGGCGGGAUGGCAACUGGCUAAGGACAUACUGGAAGGCUUGCAGAGCGCGGAGCCCAUGGCAGAGAAGUUGAAAGGUCAACUGAACGAGCUGGUACGAUACUCCAGAGACUUGGGUUCCCAGUCCGACCGAGUCACCGCUCUUGUCAAGCAGCACAACAGCCUCAGCCUCCAUGCCUCCAGGGAGUGCCAGAAUAAGGAGCGCCUACUGGAGCAGCGGUUCCGUGCUGCCCUCAGAGACUUCCAGCAGUGGUUGGUUAACGCCAAAAUCUGUACCGCCAAAUGUUUCGACGUGCCGCAGAGUGUGGCAGAGGCCUCCAGCGCUCAGCAACGAAUACAGGAGUUCUUGAGUGACAGGGAGCACGGCCAGGCCAGGCUGAGUACAGUAGGAGCCAGCGGGGAGCUUCUGAUGGCGGUGGUGUCCAAAGACAGGGUGGAGGGGAUCAAGGCCAAAGUGACAAACAUGAGAGAAGACUGGAGGAGGCUGAUGAAUGACCUGCAGUUGAGGGAGGAUGCGCUCAAGAAUGUAUAUUGUCAGAUGACAGAGUUUGAAGCAAGCGCUCAACCUCUGCUGGAGUGGCUUAACAGCACCGAGUUCAAAGUUCAGGAGAGCAGUGCUCGGCUACACGACCUCCAAACCAAGAAACAAGAGCUAAGCAAACUACAGACUAUUCUUGAGGAGAUGUCCAGUCGUGAAGCAGAACUCGGACAUCUUAGAGAGAGUGCACAUCGUCUUUGGGAGGGGCAGGCCGCAGGCAAGGGCUUUGUCCACCGAGUGUCCCAGCUGUCGGCGCAGUGCUUGGCUCUCAGCAACUUGACCAAGGACAAGUCCUCCAGGGUUGAACGCAUUGUCGGGGAGCACCGUCUCUUCUCUCAGGGUCUGAAAGAGCUCCAGGAAUGGGUGUGCAAAGCUCAGAGGCUCCUGGCCACCUGCGUCUCCGCCACCUCCAAUAAAGUUGUGCUGGAGGACCGCAUGUUGCAGUUGGAAGCUUUGCUCGCCGCACGUCAGGAGCGGGAGAUCCAAAUGAAGAUGCUGCUUACUAGGGGAGAAGCAGUCCAAAGAAACACAUCGGCUGAGGGUGUCCCAGUCAUCCGCAAGCAGAUCCAGGACCUGAAGGACUCGUGGGACUCCCUGCUGUCUGCCUCCAUCAAGUGCAAAAGUCAACUGGAGGGCGCCUUGUCGCAGUGGACCAGCUAUCAGGAGGACUUUGGUCACUUUGUGCUUUGGAUAGAGCGCGUUGAGGAAACACUGAGCUGCUCGGACAGACAGUACUCUGAGAUGAGAGACAAGACUGCAAACCUGGGAAAGACUAAGCUUCUGUAUGAAGAAGUGCUGAGUCACAGCUGUCCUCUGGAGACCAUUGCAACUAAGGGCGCCAACAUGGCAGAACACGGCACUACGCAGCAGGAAGUGAAGCAGCUACAGAACAGAUACAACGCCCUGAAAGAAAAGGCCAAGAAUGCAGUCAGCAAGGCCAAGGGGCUGGUGCUGAUCCAUCAAGAAUAUCAGCGAGUGCUCCAUGUGUUUGAAGAUUGGUUGGAGCAAGAACAGGCCACUCUUGCAUCAUUAUCCCUUUCAGAGGCAAAUGUGGAUACACUUGAGGAAACACUGAAGCAGCUCCAGCUUCUACAGGAGCGAUGCUCAGAUGGUCAGUCGCUGCUGUCGUCAGUGCUGACUAGCAGAGGGAGGGUCAUUCAAUGGGGUGUACCCCAGAUUGAGGACAGAACCCUUGACACUGCACAACAGGAGUGGGUGGCCUACCAGGACCGUUUGGAGGAGACCCAGACCCAGCUGAAGUCCACUCUGGCCAGAUUGAAAGAGAUGGACCAGAAGUUCCUUACCUUAGGCCAGUGGCUUGAGGAGAUGGAGAAAGAGGCCAUAUUGAGACUUCGGAGGUCAGACAGGGGCACCAAAGAGACUCAGCUGAAGAAACUCAAGUCGUGUCUCCAAGCAUUGCUGACACGGCAAGGAGAAGUGGAUGGCCUCUCCUCGCUAUCACAGCAGAUUCUCGAAGAAGCUUACAUCAGUGGUCGUGUUAGCGUCACGGCAACGCAGCUCACUGCCCGCUACCACUCCCUGCUGCUCAGCAUACAGGACACGAUCAAGCAAUUACAGGAGGAGCUGAAGAGUAUUGAAGAGGCCGAAAACCUUUGUGUGUCCUUUACGGAUUGGAUAACCUUGACGCAGAAAAACUUUACAGAAGUAACCAACACAUCGGAAGCCCUGGACCGCAACGCAAUGGACAAAAAGCUGAAGAAACUUGAGACUCUGCAGGCUGAUCUCCAUCACGGUCACAUCUUCCUGAAGGCCCUGAGAGAGAGGGCCGAGCGUGUGGCAGACUUCCUAAACGAAGACAGAGCGAAGAGCUUAGGAGGUGAGGUGGAAGCCCGUCUUUCCCAGCUGGAGGAGCUUGCAGGCUGGCUGAGGCAAGAGCACAGCUUCCUGGAACGCGCAUUUCUGCUGGCUAAGGAGUUCCAGGACCGCCACAAGGCUCAGGCCCAGUGGCUAGGGGAGACCAAAUCUUUGCUCAGCUCUCCACUGGAGCCCAAAGCCGAAUCAUACCAACGAAGGGCACAGCUCGCUAAACACAAGACUCUGUUACAGAUGGUCCAGUCCCAUGAUGCCUCCAUCAGGUCAGUGUUGGAGAAGGGCGACGCUCUGUUGGCAUCAGUCCAUUACCCCUCAGUCAGAGACAAAAUGAAUAGACUGCAAAAAGACUACAGUGACCUGUGUAAUAUGGCCAUGGCCCGCGUGGAGCACCUCGAGGGCCAGGUCAAGGAGCAGGAAGUAUACCACCACGAGCUACAGGAGGCGGAGCGAUGGCUGCUACAGAUGUCCAGCAGGAUGGUGACCCCUGACCCCAGCAUGAGCCGAAGUCUGGAGGAGGCCACAAAGCAGCUGGCGAGGCACAAGGCCAUCAUGGAGGAGAUAGCAGGCUUUGAGGAUCGCUUGGCAGGCUUGAAUCAGCGAGGGGACCACCUGGUGCAAGGCUGUGACGAGCGCGUGCAGAGUAGGCUGAGACAGCAGGUCCAGGCUCACCAGCAAGGCACCAGAGACAGUUACUCUGCCAUCUGUAGCACAGCACAGAGAGUAUAUCAGAGCCUAGACCAUGAGCUCCAAAGACACUUGAGUCUCCAAGACACUCUGCAACAGUGCAAGACUUGGCUGAGGUCUGUCUCCCAGCAACCACAGCCUCCUGCACAGACCCCUCUCAACGUAGAGAAGGCACUACAGCAGGUGAAGCAAGAGAGGGCCCUCCAGGAACAGGCCAGCACUUACUUCCAGCUGGUGUGCUCUUCCUGUGACCUCUCACUCCUCAGAGUGCAGGAGGUGGCUGCCGCUAUCCAGCAGGUCAAACUCCAGAAUGAGGAGCGCAUGAUGCUUUGCGAGGAGGUUGCAGACGCCUGGAGAGAUGUCGAGGAGCAGAAGACACAUCUGGAGGUACGGCUGAGAGAGACGGAGCAGCAACUGGAAAACCUCAUUAGAUGUCCAGCAGAGCUUGAGCCCAGAAUUGCACAAAACCAGCUGGACAAAGCACAGGAGUUCCUCCAGCACGUGAGGGAAAGGCAGUCUGAGUUAAGCCGUCUGAAUGAGGCCAUCAUUAAAAUGACAGACGGACAGGACUGUCCCAUCCUGGAAGACAUGAAGAAACUAAGGAGGAGCUGGAUAGAAAUAGGCCAGCGUGCAGAGAAGCUCGAGGCGGAGCGAGGGGACGACAUGCAGCGAAGUGGCGAGUAUCAGGAGAGCGUGGUUGCUGUCGAGGAGGUUUUCCAUCAAGUAUCCAGGGAAUGGGACUACCUGGCCAGGGCCGACACUGAGAGUACAAGGGAACAUCUAGAAGCUCUUAAAAAGUUAUCCAGUGACCUUGUGAAGCGUAAAGCAACCCUAGAAGAUCUGCGAGACCAGAAACAAACUAUUCUGCCACAAAUAAGCCUGUUGGACAAGGAACUAGUCAAACAACAGGUGGGUCACCUGGAGAAACGCUGGGCUCAGCUUGAGACUCUUAUCCACCAGAAGAUCCAGGACUCCUCACAGACACUAGAGGAACUGGCACGGGUGGAAACGCAGCUGAGGGACGCACGGCAGUGGGUGGAAGAGAAGCGACCCGCACUCACCUCCACGCUGAAAACCAGCCCACCGCCUGACCUGGCCCAGAGUUUUCUGUUCGACCACCUGAGCGUGUGCGUGGAGCUGGAGGCCCGUCAGCAGCUGCUGGGCCGAGCAGUGAGCGAAGCGCAAUGUGUCGCCUCCAGACUGGGGCUGAGGGAAAGGAGAAGCCUGCAGGAGCUUGUUGAACACGCCCAGACUGAAGUGGAGGCUCUGGAGGCACGAGUAGCCCAGAGGAGGAAGUACCUCAGCAAGGCCUUCACAGAGAGGACUCAGUUCCUUCAGGGUCUGGGGAGAGCACUGUCAUGGGUACAACAACAAGAGAGGAAGGCUCUGAUAGAUGACCACAUUGCGCUUCUUCCAGAGGAUCUCGCUAAACAGGCGUCUGCGUGUCGCAGCAUCCAAAGCAGCCUUCGAGCCUACCGGAGGGAGUUGGUAUCUCUCUGGUUUCAAGGUCGGGAGCUCGAGAAGGAUGCCACAGACAAAGAAAGAGAAGAAACCUUGGCAAAACUUAAGGAGCUGCAGGCGGUUUUCGAAGCGGCUUUCCAGACAACCAGCCAGCGUGUCACAAUCUUGGACAAAGCUUUGACAUCCAGGAAGUACUUCCAGGUGGACCUUAACAAGACCUGUCACUGGCUGAGACACGCGGAGGCCAUCACCUUCCGGGAAAUCAAUCUCAACCACAUUGAGGAUAGCUCGGUAUUGCAAGAACAUCUAUGCACCUUUCAAAAAGUCCUGGAACAAGCUACGGAGAACGAGAACCUCCUAUUGAUCGUACAAAGGAUAGGCCAGGAGAUCCUUCCCACUCUGAACGAGAUAGACCACUGCUACCUAGACGAGCGACUCAAUGCUCUCCCCCAACAGUACAAUAGCAUCAUGGCGCUGGCCAAAGAAAAAAAAGACAGGAUUCAACAAAUAAUCAUAGAGAGGAAAGAUUUUAGCACUUUUUUUGAUACGACUCGAAGCACAUUGGAGGACCUUCAGGAGCAGUUUGACAAUCUGGAGAAGAAGACUAUCAAUAGUUGUGAUGAGGAGCUGCGUUGUUUAAGGAGUGACUAUCAGAGGAUUGAUGAAGCUUUAUCCAACAUCAGCCCUGCGGUAAGAGAACUUCAUGGAAAAAAUGAGGGGUUUCUCAGUACGGGCUACACAUACAAAGCUGAGGAAACACGUCAGCUAGUGCGCCUUCACAACACUCUUAAAAGAAGACAUUAUCAAAAACAAAAAUAUUUGGAUCAUGCCUUGAAGAUAAUCAAUGAUCACAACAUAAUACUUAAAACCUUUGACCAGGAACUGAAGUUUGCCAAAGACAAUCUGGUUAGACUCAAGUCAGACAAAGAACUUGAUGCCACGCAUAAAAUUGCAGCUCUUUUUGCAUUACUUGAACGUCUGGAUCGUGUAUCUUUAGAGGCCAAAGAAUGUAGCCAGCAUAUCGCAAGCCUCUGCUUGAGGUUCGACCCCGUUGCCUUUCAGGAGAUGAAAUCCCUGCUUAACUCACUGCAGUCCUUACGUUUAGACAUUAAAUGCUGCAUUGGAGAAAGUGAAAAGGAUGUCCCACAAGACCUCACGACGGGGAUGGAGAAAAUGGCUGAAUGGCUGAAGGACUUUAAAUCCGCAGUGAGGGAGCCUGUAAGCUUAACAGAAGCCAAAGUUGAGAGUGUACAGGAGAAAAUGUGCAAACUGGGAAUCAUGAAAGAAGAAGUGAAGAGCAGAUUGAGGAUGGUGGAUACAUUGUUUAGUCAGGAAGUUCAAAGAUAUUGCAGUAGAAAGGAAAGUAUUCCAGCCUAUGUGGAUGUGAAAGCAGAGGAGCUGAGGCGGCUGGGAGCUGAAGUUCUAAAGGAUAUUAACCAAAAGCAGCUGACUCUGGGUCCAGCUCUUGCCAUGAUCCAGCGGCACCACUCUACCUUGCAGUCCAUGCAAACACACCUGGAUUGUGCCGCCGAUUGCCUUCAAAGUGCCAACGCUGGGGUGGAUCUGGAGCAUCACACAGAUUGGAUUCUCAACCUGCAAGAAAUUUCAGUGCAGGAAAAUAAUUAUACGGCUGUUUCAGAAGAGAUAAGAGACACCCUUGAGCCCCUGUUGACAGAAGUUGCGAUGAACCAGCUAAGAGGAGAAGCUGAAGCCAUGCGGAUGAGGAGCACAGAAAUCAAACACCAUACGGAGGCCUGCAAAGACGUCCAUGAGAGGUGUGUGUCUCUAUGGGCCUCCAUCCAACGUGACAGAGACCGGCUGGUUGAACAAAUGAACGAUGUAGAGAGCAAGAUGGCAGCAUUCUCCACCGCUAAAGCAGAGAGUCUCCAGCAGGCAGAAGACAAGUGUGAGAAAUACAAGUCUCUAGCGACUUACGCUGACCUUCAGGAGUUUGCUAUCACUGCUAUGAAGGAAGACAAGGUAGUCGAGUUAGAGCGGCUCGUCAUCAAAUCUGGUGCAGCCGCCGUCGUCCACCAUGCUCUCUCAUCACUAUGGCAAAGGUGGACCAGGCUUCGCAGUGUAGUGAGAGUCCAGGAGAGGGCACUGGAGGACACUGCCAGGGAGUGGAGGAACUUGACAGAAAAGAUGGAAAAGGUGCGCUCGGUGUCUGCGGACCUCCACAGCCGCAUUCCAGACAGCACGGUCGAGAAGACCGCCACCAGGGCGGCACUCCAGAGCCUCCUGGAUUACCACGACUCCUUUAGUGUGGAGGUGGAGAGAGAGCAGUCCAUCCUGGCUCUGCUGGGGCAACACAUCCGCAGCCUCAGAGGAGAUGAGGAGGAAACAGAGAAUGGCCAUCAGGAAACACAGUGCCUUCAAGACAUCAAAAACAUGCAGGGCCAGUAUGACAGUUUAGUGUUAUUGGUCCGUUCUAGCAGGGCUCAAGUGCACCAGGAGUUGAGGGAGCGAGAGGAUGUUGAGAAGGAGCUGGGCUUGGUCAAAGGUUGGAUUCAAGACACUCGGGGCUUGCUCUUGAGUCCCACAGCAGACCUGGAGACUUUGUUGCAAGAGCUGGAGACUGCACACGGAGAGGUCAUCAGCCGCCGCCAGAGCGUGGAGCGCAUGACAGAGCUGCAGCAAACCAAGUACCAGGACCGCCAGGCGGGGAUGCCGUCGGAGCUCAGCAUGCAGCUGGCUGAGGUGGCUCUGGCUCUGGGCUCUGCUGAGGACCAGGUCCAGGCUAGAGAACGUGAGGUGCAGCAGACCCGAGACGUGAAAGAGGACUUCAGCUCCAGACUGCAGGAAAUGGAGGCCAAGCUGAGAAACAUCUCGUCGAGAUUUGAAAACAAGGGAGCUAACCUGGAGGAGGCCAAAGAGGAGACCAGGACUCUUCGGGAAGAGUGUGAUUGCUGCGCUCACACUCUUGCUGAGUUAGCGGCAGCCGUACAGGAGUUCAGUGAGCACAACCCUCUGCUGUGCAAGCAGCUGGGCGAUGCCGUGGCCAAAAUGGCCCAAGUGCAGCGCCAUGCCACACUGCGGGUCCAGGACAGAAGCAACAAACUGAAGAAGGCAGAGAAGCAAAUGCAGGAAUAUCACAAUAUGAAGGAAUGUAUUUUGAGUUGGAUUGAAAAAGCGGAGACUCUGAUGACGGGCAACAUCAUCUGGAGCCAAAUAUCUCAGCUACAAGAGCAAAUCAGAGCAUAUCAGGCGUUGCUGCGGGAGUGUCGAGGUCUCCAUGGUGACUUGGAAGCCAUGGCAGAGAGGGAGACGCAGUUAGGGGAAGUGUUGAUGACUAAAGGGUGGAGCCAGCAGGUAAAACACCUCGGCAGGCGCACCGAGGAGCUUCACCUCUCAGCCAAGACUCGGCUGCAGAGUUUACAGGAUGCGGCCAAGGACAUGUUGCGUCUAGAAGCUGAGGUGAAGAGCCUCCACGCUGCAGUGGACCAGAUCCAUGUUAUGCUGGCCUCCCCGGAUCUCAACAAGCUCAGUCUGAGAGAGCAGCUCACACAGCGACAACGUUUGUUGGCUGAGAUGGAUGGCUUCAAGCGGCAGGCGGCGGCUGUACAGCAGUGUCAGAGUGCCCUCCGGCUUCCGGAAGAAGUAGUAGCAGGACUUCCUGUGUGCCGCACAGCACAAAGCCUGCAGCAAGAAACCAGCCAGCUGCAGCAUACAACCAUUCAGCAGUGCAAUAUCUUGCAGGAGGCUGUGGUGCAGUAUGAGCAAUAUCAAGUGGAGGUGAGGAACCUGCAGCGGUUGAUAGAAGAAGCCCACCACAUAAUUCAGGACCGACCUGUGUGCACCAGCAACAUUCAGGAGCUUCAGGCUCAGAUACAGCACCAUGAGGAGCUAGCCCAGAAGAUCCGUGGCUACCAGGAGCAGAUCGCAUCGCUCCACUCCAAGUGCAAGAUGCUGACGGUGAAGGCCAAACACGCCACCAUGCUGCUGACCGUCAGCGAGGUGGACAGUCUCUUGGACGGCGUGGACGAGCUGAGCGAUGAGGAGCUGCCUAGUGUCGGAGCCAGCGACAAACAGCUUCCUGCACACCCCUCUGUCGUCAUGAUGACAGCAGGCCGCUGCCACACGCUCCUCUCCCCUGUGACUGAGGAGUCAGGGGAGGAGGGCACCAACAGUGAGGUCUCCUCUCCCCCUGCCUGCCGCUCACCCUCCCCUGUGACUAACGCUGAUGCUUCUCUCAAACAGGGUGGAGGCGGUCUAAAUCGAGCCCCCCUGCAGGAACUCUAUGACCCGUCUAUGGAGAGCAGCACUGCUAACCUGGAUGAUCUGCAGAGAUCUUGGGAAACACUCAAGACUGUGAUAAGUGAGAAACAGAAGAGUCUGUAUGAAGCCCUGGAGCGGCAGCAGCAUUACCAGGAGUCCCUCCAGUCUAUUUCCACGAAAAUGGAGUCUGCCGAAACAGCACUCAGCGAAGGCCUGGAUUCCAACAAGAGCCCAGAGAGCCAGAUGGCGACACAUCAGGCUCUGAUGGACGAGAUACUGAUGCUGCAAGAUGAGAUCGGUGAACUGCAGACAUGUUUCUCGGAGGAGCUGGCCGACAACGACAGUGACUGCGAGGCUUCUGACCAGCUGGCUCUGCAGUCUACCCUAACCGUGCUCGAGGAGAGAAUGGCCACCAUUAAAAUGAAGGCUUCUGGAAAGCGCCAGCUGUUGGAGGAGAAGCUCAGCGAGCAGCUAGAGGAGCAGCGACAGGAGCAGGCCCUGCAGCGUUACCACAGCGAGGCCGUGGAGCUCGACCACUGGCUGCACAGCACUCGUGCUACCCUCAGCUCAGUGCUUAAGCUCCAAAGUGAUGAUUUGGACAUGGAGGAGCAGCUCAUUGACUGCCAGAACAUGCUGUUCGAGAUCGAGCAGAAGGUGUCGUAUCUCUCCGAGCUGUCGGUGCACAGCGAGAGCUUACUUUUAGAGGGAAGGGCCGAAACCAAGGGUGAGGCGGAGCAGCUCACUUUUAAACUGCGCUCUCUGAAAGAAAGUUUGGUAGAGCUGCAGCAAAUGUUGCAGGACAAACAGGUGGACAUACAGGGUUCUUUGCAGGAGCAGGAUGACAGUGAGCCAGACUCAACGCUUUCGCAGAGCCCCAACAUGCAGGAUUGGCUCUCCCAGGCUCGUUCGUCACGCACACAGCAGCAUCAUAACAACCUGCUCCGCCAGAGAGAGCUGCAGGAGCAUGUUGCUGAGCAGAGGAGGUUGCUUCAGUCUGUAGCCAGUGUUGGGGAAGAUUUACACAAUCAACAGAUCACACCAAAUGGGGAUAGUGAGGUGUCUCUCCCUAUAGGAGUGUUGCUGGAGACGCAGAGCCUGUCUCCCGUGGACCACUUGAGACAACGCUGGGAGAACCUGAACAAAGAUCAGAGUACCAAGCUGCAGCUCUCUCUCAACACAUUGGAACAGGAUCAGUCUAGCCCGAUCGUCCACCGGUCCCGUCUGACUAGUCCAAGCAUGGUGUUCAGGGGGGGGUCCAACAGCCAGGACUCUCGCUCGCCGAUGGCUUUAUUUGAGGCGUGCAGUCAGACGUUGGAAAGAAUUACUGAGGAGGCAGAGACCAGUGACAGAAAACUGGCGCUCUCCUCAGUGGCAGCGACACUCCAACAGACGCUGUAUACUGCCGUGUCAGCAGCCUCCACCUGGUUGGACGCUGCUGAAAACGAUAUGCUCUCCGGACCUGUGCUACUGUCCGAAGACACAGAGUCGAAGCUCACAAGUCUCGAGUACACAACUAAAGAUCUGAAGGACAUGAGCAGAGAGGUGAACCAGUGCAGAGACCUGUUGGGUGGAGGAGCAGGCCGCCUGUGUGGAGGUGAGGAGCGAGCUUUAAUGGAGGACACCCUGGAGGGUCUGCAGGAGAGGAUGGGGCUGCUAGAUUCCACCCUUGAACAGCACUGUGACACCAUGAGGGACAGACUCCAGGAGCACUUAAACGUCCAGAACGAACUCAGGAUGCUAUUCACAGCUUUGAAUGAGAGUAAGGACAUGCUCCUACAAAAGAUGGCUGCGACAGUGGAGCGGCCUGCAGCCAAGCAGAUUGAGACAUUAUCAGAGGUAGAGGACAGUCUGAAGGAGUUUGAGCAGAGAGUGACUGAGCUGAAAACCAAAGCUCAAGGACCCCAAUCUGACCGACUCUCCCACCAGGAACUUCUCAAAUUACAGGAUGCAUAUGAAGAGCUGCUGCUGAUGGUGGGCUCCAGGCGCAGCGGCCUGAAUCGAGCCUUGUCGCUGAAGGCUCAGUACGAAGCUGCGCUGCGCGACCUCACAGAUCUGGUAGACACAGCUCAAGACAAGAUGGCUGCAGACCAAAAGAUGACAGUAGCCUCUGUCGUCGAGGUCCAAAUGUUAUUGGACAAACACAAAGAAUUCUUCCAGAGUCUUGAAUGCCAUAUGAUCCUGACCCAGACUUUUUACACUAAAGUGUCAGGUUUGGUGGCACAGCAGGAAAGCCAGGCUCUGGAAGAGACCAUGUCUUUAGCUCACAGUGUCCUGAAGCAGGCCCACAGGAGGGGGGUGGAACUGGAGGGCAUACUGGAGUCAUGGAGCAGACUUGUGGAAGACUACCAGGCUCUGUGCAGACAGUUGGAGGCUGUGGAGUGCAGCAUCCCCACUGUGGGCCUGGUGGAGGAAACGGAGGAGAGACUCUUUGAGAGGAUUAGUCUCCACCAGCGUCUGAAGGCCAGCCUGACUGAGCAUCAGCCCCAACUCUAUCGGGUUCUGGAGGAGGGCAAGAGGCUUCUUCUGUCUGUCAGCUGUCUAGACUUGGAGAACCAGUUAACACAGCUGGGAGAACACUGGCUCUCAUCCACCACCAAAGUCAACAAGGAGCUCCACCGCCUUGACUCCACCCUCAAACACUGGAGCAGGUACCAAAGGGAGUCUGCAGAGUUGAGCCACUGGUUGUGUUUGGCUAUGGACAGACUGGAGUUUUGGACAGCCCAGUCAGUCACUGUGCCUCAAGAACUGGAGACAGUUAGAGACCAUCUCUGUGCUUUCCUGGAGUUUUCUAAGGAGGUGGACGCUAAGUCAUCCCUUCGUUCAUCUGUCCUGAGCACAGGCAACCAGCUGCUAAGACUAAAAAGAGUAGACACAGCUGGUCUGAGAACAGCACUAGGUCACAUCGACACUCAGUGGGCCGAGCUGCUCACACGCAUUCCUGUUGUCCAAGAAAAGCUCCAUCAGCUGCAGAUGGAAAAGCUGGCAUCACGGCAUGCCAUAGCGGAGGUGAUAAGCUGGAUCUCACUCAUGGAGAACAUUAUAGUUGAAGAUCAGGACAAAAUAGCUGCAGUCGUGGGCUCAGAGGUUGUCCAAACUUUCUUGCAGAAGUACAAGGGUUUCCGCAUUGACUUGACCUGCAAGCAACUAACUGUAGACUUUGUGAACCAAUCAGUGCUGCAGAUCAGCAGUCAGGACGUGGAAGGAAAACGGAGUGACAAAACCGACUUUGCAGAGAGCCUUGGAGCCAUGAAUAGACGAUGGCAGAUACUACAAGGCCUCAUUACGGAAAAAAUUCAGCAUUUAGAAGGACUUUUAGAAAGUUGGUUAGAGCAUGAAAACAGAGUGCAGGCCUUAAAAACAUGGUUGACGCUCCAGGAGGAGAAAUUAAAGAAGAAACACAGGAUAGAGGACGUUGUAUCAGUGCAGAAUGCACUUAAGGAUUGUCAGGAGUUAGAGGAAUUGGUUAAGGACAAAGAGAAGGAUCUAGAAAGGGCUGAGGAACAAGGGAACACUCUCAUCCAGGAUAAGAAAGGAGAGGCCUGCUCUGUUGUUAAGGAGACCCUCAAGGGACUGAGCCAGUCCUGGGCUCAUUUGGACCAUAUGAUAAGUCAGAUAAAGGGGAGUCUACGGUCGGUGCUAGGACAAUGGACCUUGUACAGACGCGCUUCAGAGGAGAUCGUUGGCUACCUGAUGGAGGGGAGGUACUGCGUAUCCAGGCUACACCUUGUUAGUGGUUCCCUGGAAGCUGUGCAGCAGCAGGUGGAAAGUCUGGAGAACCUGCAAGAGGAAAUGGACAAGCAGGAAAGCAGUUUGUGCAAGUUUGGUUCUGUAACACAGCAGCUCCUCACCGAGUGCCACCCGUGUGUGGCUGAAACUCUCAACAGAGCCCUACGGGACGUCAACAUGAAGUGGAACGACUUACUAGAGCAGAUUUCAGAGCAGCUGAGGAGCAGUAAGGCCUUGCUUGGACUGUGGCAGCAUUAUAAAGAAGUGUACAGUACUUGCGCCCAUGCUGUGCAGAGGCAGGAGGAGCGGGCUGACCGCCUGCUCAAGAGCGCCAUUGACAGGGACAUCACAGAAGAGGAGAGUAUUUCUUGGAUGAAGGACUGCGAUGAGUGUAUUGGUGAGCAACAAUCCAUACAGUGUUCCCUGCAGCAGCUGCAAGCAUUAGGAGAGCAACUUAGGACCCGAGUGGACGCCCCCUCGUUUGCUGCUCUACAGUCGGACCACAUGUCGCUGACGCAUCGCCUGUCAGCACUUAUGCACGCCCUCCACAGGCAGCAGGAGGUGCUGCAGUCUGGAUGCCGGGCCUGCGAGGGCUUCAGGGAGCAGUUGGACAUGCUUGUCCAUACGGCUGCUGAGGCUGCAGAAGUGUUGAAGGAGUCUGACCAGCUUGGCUCGCCAGCGCUUAGUGAGAUUCAGACACGUAUGGAAAAACUGAAGGCUGUUCUCUCCAAGCUCAGCAGCCUCUCUCCAGACCUGGAGCGCGUCAACAUGCUCAUGUACAGACUGCCAGUCAGCGACAGAGAUCUAAAGCGCCUGCAGAGUCUGAAUAGAGCGUGGACAUCCCACUCGGCUCACCUUAGCGAGAAGUUCAGUAAACUGCAGGCAGUGCUACUCCUGCACCAGAGCUUCCUGCAGAAAUGCGAAGCCUGGAUGGAAUUCCUGUCUCAGACAGAGCAGAAACUGGCUGGAGAGGUUUCAGGCAACCACGAGAGUCUGCUAGAGCAGCAGCGAGAGCAUGAGUUGUUCCAAGCAGAGAUGUUCAGCCAACAGCAGAUUCUCUACUCCAUUAUCAGCGAUGGCCAUCGCAUGCUGGACCAAGGACAAGUGGAUGAUGGAGACGACUUCAGUGUCAAGCUGGCUGUGCUGGCUAAUCAGUGGCAGGGUGUAGUGAGGCGGGCUCAGCAGCGAAGAGGCAUUAUUGACAGUCUGCUCCAUCAGUGGCAGACCUACCACGAGAUGUCCGAAAAACUGCUCCGGUGUCUGCAGGAAGUGUCAAGCGACCUGGACGUGCAUCAGCCGGGAGGAGAACCAGUCACUCUGCAACAGGCUAGAAACCUGCUAGAUCAGAUACAACUUAGACAGCGUGUCCUCCAGAGGCAGCAGGGAGGCUACAUCGUGACAGUGGAGGCCGGCAGAAGCCUGCUGCUGUCGGUCGACGCCCUGGCAGAGUCCAGGCUGCAGACGGAGCUGAUGGAAAUCCAGGAGAGGUGGAGACACGCCCACCAACGCCUGGACCAGCAGAGGAAGGAGCUGCAUGGUCUGCUUAAGAAUUGGGAGCGAUGCGAGAAAGGCAUUGAUGCCUCGCUGGAGAAACUGAGGGCCUUUAAGAGGAAGCUGUCUGUGGCGCUGCCUGACCAUCACGAGGAGCUGCACUCUGAGCAGAUGAGAUGCAAGGAGCUGGAGAGCAGUGUCAAGGGCUGGAGCGAUGACCUCACUUCCUUGUUUCUCCUGAGGGACUCCUUGGUGGGCGUGGUCGGCAACGAUGACGUCACAGUCCUUCAGGAACGCAUCCAGCUUCUCCAGGGCCAAUGGGAAGAGGUGUGCCAUCAGCUUUCUCUGCGCAGGCAGCAGGUAAGCGAGAAGUUGAACGAGUGGGCAGUGUUCAAUGAGAAGAACAAAGAGCUGUGCGAGUGGCUCACGCAGAUGGAGAGCAAAGUCUCUCAAAAUGGGGACAUCAGCAUCGAGGAGAUGAUCGAAAAGCUGCGCAAGGAUUAUCAGGAAGAGAUUGGUGUUGCUCACGAGAAUAAGCAGCAGCUGCAGCUCAUGGGAGAGCGCUUGGCCCGUGUCAGCCAGGAGAGCAAGGCAGCGGACAUUCAACACAAACUCAAUAAAGUCAGCGAGCGCUGGCAACACCUGCUGGACCUCAUUGCCGCCAGGGUGAAGAAGUUGCGGGAGACCCUUGUGGCGGUGCAGCAGUUGGACAAAAACAUGAGCAGCUUGCGGUCCUGGCUGUCUCACAUUGAGACCGAGCUGUCCAGGCCCAUCGUCUACGACACGUGCGACGACCAGGAGAUCCAGAGAAAGCUCAACCAGCAGCAGGAGCUGCAGAGGGACAUCGAGAGACACAGUACAGGGGUGGCGUCUGUGCUCAACCUGUGCGAAGUUCUCCUGCAUGACUGCGACGCCUGCUCCACCGAGACCGAGUGCGACUCCAUUCAGCAGGCUACCAGAGGGCUGGACCGUCGCUGGAGGAACAUCUGCGCAAUGUCCAUGGAGAGGAGGCUUAAGGUUGAGGAGACCUGGAGGUUGUGGCAGAAGUUUUUAGACGACUACUCGCGUUUUGAGGAGUGGUUGAAGACUUCAGAGAGAACAGCCGCCAUGCCCAACUCCGCUGGAGUCCUCUAUACAGUUGGAAAAGAAGAACUCAAAAAGUUUGAGGCCUUCCAGCGCCAAGUACAGGAGUGUUUGACCCAGCUGGAGCUUAUCAACAAGCAGUACAGACGCCUAGCUCGUGAGAACCGCACCGACUCGUCUUGCCACCUCAGAGAAAUGGUGCAUGAUGGGAACAGGAGAUGGGACAACCUGCAGAAAAGGGUGGCGGCCAUCCUCCGACGACUUAAGCACUUCAUCAGCCAGAGGGAGGAGUUUGAGACGGCUCGGGAUAGCAUCCUGGUGUGGCUGACUGAGAUGGACCUUCAGCUCACCAACAUUGAGCACUUCUCCGAGUGUGACGUUCACGCUAAGAUUAAACAACUCAAGGCAUUCCAGCAGGAGAUCCACCUAAACAUGGGCAAGAUUGAGCUGGUGUUCAGGCAGGGCGACGCUCUGAUCGAGAAGAGUGAACCUCUGGAUGCAGCUGUGAUCGAAGAGGAGCUGGAAGAGCUGCAGAGAUACUACCAGGAGGUCUUUGGCCGGGUCAACAGAUACUACAAAAAGCUUACCCGGUUACCUCUUGUGGAUGACGAGUUUGACGGUUCAGACAGAGAGCUGGACAUGGAGGACGGCGGCGACCUCUACGAGCUGCAGUGGGUCAACUCAACACCUCCACGAACCUCCAGCCGACCCCCCUCUGGCGCGACCACCCUCAUUCGGGCGGACCGGUCAGGCCGGGACACCCCAGCCAGUGUGGACUCAAUCCCGUUAGAGUGGGACCAUGACUACGACCUGAGCAGGGGUCUGGAGAGCCCAGGAGGGCGAAGCCACAGGCAGAGGAGCCGAGGGCAAGAGGAGGAGGAAGAGGUGGAGUAUCUGAGGACAGCUACUGCAGUGCUGUCAGAUGUAGUUAUUCCCGAGAGUCCAGAGGCCUAUAUAAAACUGACUGAGAACACAUUGAAAUCGUCCUCUGGUGAGCCAGGCCAGCUGGAAGCCAGUCUCAGGCAACAGGACCAAGUUCUGGAUGCAGGACGCUGUCACCUGCAGGCGAGAGAGGACGCCGCCAACCGCUCCAGCCCUGAUGUUGAUGCCACCUACAUGGGCUAUAUGCGUCUGAUGGGCGAGUGUCACGGCAGCAUAGAAGCAGUGAAGCGAGCUGAGGAAGAACUCACAGAGGACGAAGAUGAAAUGCCAGGACUCACCAAUCCGACCAGCGCAGACAGUCAGAGUGCAGGUGUGAUCAAGCGCUGGGAGCUGAUCCAGGCUCAGUCUCUCAGUGAAAAGCACAAGCAGAACCUGCAGCAUUGGCAGCAACUGAUAUCAGACCUGCAGACCAUGCGUGCCUGGCUGGGUCAGUGUGAGGCAGAGCUGGGCCAGUUGCGAGGCCUGGAGCGCAGCACGGACAUCCACAGCAUCCAGCAGAGGAUCAAGAAACUCAGGGAGUUGCAGAAAGGGAUGGACGCCCACAAGUCGGAGUUGCUUUCCAUCAACCUGACUGGCGCCAGUUUCCUCCAAUCAAAGCCCGACUCUGAGGAGGCGUGGGAGCUAAAGGACGGUCUAGAGGAGAUGAAUGCAUCCUGGGAUCGCCUGGGCACCUUGCUGGAAAAGUGGAGGGAGGAGCUGCAGCAGGCUCUCAUGCAGUGCCAGGAGUUCCACGAGAUGAGUCAUGGUCUGCUGCUGUGGUUGGAGAACAUCGACCGUCGGAGGAAUGAGGUGGUUCCUGUCCCUUCAAACCUGGACCAUGAAACGCUACAAGCUCAUCUCAGGACACUGACUCAAAUCAAGCGGGAGCUGCUGGACUCUCAGCAGAAGGUGUCGUCCCUCCAGGAGCUCUCAGCUCAGCUGCUGGUCAGCACGGCAGUGCCCACAGCAACCACUCUCCUUUCCCCUGGCAGCGAGUGUCUGGAGGCCCAGGAGAAGGUGCACGUGAUCUGGAACAGGCUGCGCCUGCUCCUGCGGGAGGUCGACUGCGACCUGGAGGGGUUGCAGAGGCGACUGGAGGUCGUGAGCACGCAACAGGAUUUCAUACCCCGAACUGUUGUCAAAUCUGACAUGACUUCUGCUGGUCUUGCAUCUGAUUCAACAAGCAUCCAAGCUUUCAAACGAUUGCCUCGAGGCAAAAGUAGUCAGGCCCACCCUGGACCCCCUGAGAGCGACCCCCGCCACAGCCGCAGGAGGUCAGCCGGCGCCGCUGGCUGCGUUUCCUCCCGUUCUGACCUUUUGGACGGCGUCUCCUCGCCAUCCUCCUCCUCCUCUUCCUCCAAAGGCCAUUCCUUCCUGCAUCGUGUCCUGAGAGCUGCGCUCCCCGUGCAGCUGUUCCUCUUGUUCCUCAUUGGCCUGGCCUGCCUGGUGCCCAUGAGCCAGGAGGACUACAGCUGCCACCACGCCAACAACUUUGCCCGCUCCUUCCAUCCCAUGCUGCGCUACACAAACGGACCCCCACCUAUAUAGCUGCCUAUCCCUAUCCACCCAUAUCGCUUUGCCAAGGACUCCUGUGAAUGUGCCCUUUUUCACCCUGUGCCCUACAGCAACAAGCUCCGCCCCCUGUUGGGAUGCACCAUUAUGACAAGGAGCCCUUUAAUUACUAAUGGACCUUUUUAGAUAUAUAUUUUUAAAUUGUGUUUACCUUUAAUAUGUAUAUGAGGUUUUUUAGUGAUAUCAAUGAGAAAGAACAAAGCACUAUUUAUAAUACACUCACGAUGGGAGCCAAAGUCGUCCACUAUUCCCAGUGCUGCUACUAUUUAUUGAGCGGAAUAUUAUUCGUUUGAAAAAAGCUCAAAUGUUUAAGGAUAUUGGUCCUGAAAAGAUUUAACCAAUAAACAGCCGAGUUAAUAUAAUGUUUAAAAGGGCGCUUUUACGAUUACAUAACUCGAGUGCUGCGGUGAAAAUGCCCGGAUGUACUUUUUACUCGUUGAUUAAUUCCCCAUAUGCGCGUCUGUUUGCUGGCCCCAACAAGAUGCGUUGACGCUGCGUUGUAAAUUCCGCUUGACUUCUAACCAACUAAAUAUUUUUUUGUAGUCUGAAUUUGCCAACUUAAUUUCUCUCUGGUUCGUUCCAACUUUGCUGUGAGGACCGCCCCUGUUUGCUGUUUGAAGGUACCGCACUGACUGACUGAACGCCUUUGAGCCAAAAUGGCCAACUUCUAACCGCCUAAAGCUAAAGCUCGUAUUUCUACUGCUUUGAUUGUGAUAAAGGUGUUUUUUCUGUUAUAUAUAAUAUAUACAUACUUGUGUUUCUGUUAGAGCAUGCACUUGAAAGCCCCUAAAGCCAAACAAUCGCUGAUUGUGUAGCUGUAGAUUUAUUAAUCAUAUUGAUGUUUGGUUAUAAGUAUUAUUCCGAAGUGAUCAAACAUCGCUACCUUAUCUAAACACAAUGUGUACAAAAAUAUGAAAAUUGUUAAUUUAUGUAUGUACAGUUUGCUAAUGCCGAAUACUCUUUGCAUAUAAUAAAACAUGAACCAUUUAAUAA